AUGGUAAAACGUCCUGCCGUGGAAGAAUGGAGCAGGUCCGAGCUGGAAGAUCGGUUUCACGAACUCUUCCGGGACAAUCAAACGCUGCAGAUUAAAAAUAGCGGCCUGGGGAAGCAGUUAUCAGAGGUCGGCGCUAGGUUGAAGCGUCCUCAAUCGGCGGCCGGCCAUGCUUCCACGGUCCCCUAUGAGCAAUAUGCGGAUCUCGAGAAGGAUCGCGAGUUGCUGCAAAUAAAGCUGCGAAGCCUGCGACACCAGCUCCUCACCUACACCCAUCCUUCGGCCAGGCCGGCCACAGCGAGUGUUAUUACAGGAAGACCCAUGCAAUACACGGUACCGGGACGGCAAAGUCGACAAAGCGGGGAGCCAACAACAAACAGGACGCAGCCAUUCCGUGUAAAUGAGACCGUCGUCGCUGAAAAAGGGCAGCUGAUCAAGCUAAACCGACAGAAUCGAGAUCUGGAAGCACAACUGGCCGAGAAACAAUUGCAGCUGGAAACGAAGGAUAAGAAAAUCGAGGCCUUGACCGCCAAAUCAGAAGCCAACGAGCGCCGGAUAAGAGAACUCGAAGCACAGCUCCUCUCUUCCAACACUGAACGAAGCGUAGAACAAAGCGGCGGAACCCCUGAGACCCAAAAAUCGUCCUGCAUGAACUGCGCUGAGCUUAUACCCCUCCGGAAAGAACUGACAAUCCUAAAACAAGCGAAUGAGAGACUCGUAGCACAAACGCUUGAGCCGAACUUGGACGCGAAUUCCAUGGAAAUCGUCGAUCUCGAGAAGAAGAUAGUGGUGCUGGAGGAGGAGCUGAAAAAUGCAAAACGCGACUAUCAGAAAGACAAAGCCGGCAAUGAACUGCUUCAAAAGCUUUGGAAUGACGUCUCCUCCUUAAUUGGCGAUCACUCAAACGGCAAUCAACAAGAAAUAACGGUUACCGGCGCGUCGCUAAAGUGGGAGCGGCUGUACGCGGAGCUGUACGACGAGUUGGAGAAGGUUCGCAAUUUGUUGCUGCUGCAGCAUGAUAUUAACCAAAAGCAAGGGAAGGAGGUCAACUUGCUGAAGAGUGAUGGGGUGCGGAUAAGGGAUGAAUAUGAAAAGACGCUGUGCGAGAUGAGGGACGCGCUCAGUGAACGGAAUAAAAAAAUCACGCUUCUUGAGAGCCAAAUCCGAGCUAUUGCCUACGGAAAUCAAAAGGUAAAAGCCUUACUGAACGAGGAGCCGAUGACGGAAGUGGGAUCGAGCAAUGAAGUGGCGCUGAGAUUGACAUUGGUCCAACUCAGCCCCGAGUACGUCAACGAAGACCGGCAAGACUUUUUCUUUUGCAUAGAAUUUUUUGACUUUGAGCUACAAACGACAAACGUGAUGCGAGGACAACGAGUACCGCUGAAUUAUACCUUCCUCUAUAAUAUUGUCGUUUCGAAGCUUUUUGUGCACUAUAUUCAAUCGGAUGGUAUCCACUUGGAAAUGUACCGCCCAACCGGAGGACCCUCGUAUGAACACGUCGGCGCCGCCGCCCUCUCCCUUCGACCAUUAAUUACGACCAGAACCGGGAAAUACGGUGGACAGGUCAAGGUCCUCUCGCUCCAAACUGGACGCCCGAUCGCCACCAUCAACUAUGAGCUCAAUAUUUCUCAAGACGUCACGAAAAGCCUGCAAGCUUAUACGAGCCAAGAAACCGCGACGAAAAUGCUGCCGAUUGACACCACAGAAAAUCCGGAAUUUGCCCACGACACCCUUUCGAUCGUCGUCCACCGCUGCAACGGCAUCACCGGAGUUAACGAUUCAACUGAAUGCGCGGUCGUCUACGAGUUUUGUGCGUUUUCGCCAUAUUUCACCAACUUCAACAAGGUCACCGCAGGCAAGUUGACACUAAACGACCGUCGCGAUUGGUCGAUGGUACGGGGGGAAAAUCUGGUGAGAAUGCUCGGCGGAUCGGAUAUCUCACUCUACCUCGUCGAGGCCGAGCCGCGCAAGGGCAGCGACGGCGUGCUGUCGAUGCUCAUUCUGCCGCUCAGCCCGCUGAGGCAUGGGAAGCCAAUUCGCGGCACAUUCCCGAUGACUACGCCGGAUGGAAAGCUGACCGGGACGACGAUAGAUGUUGAUAUUCACUGGACGUUCGUGCCGGACUUUCUCAUCCGACCCCUGGAAAAACGGAAGGAGGAGAGACCGGCAGAUCUUGUAAAAGAAGAAACGCCCUCCUUGCCCGUCUCCCCACCAAGACUACCAGCUGCUACCAUCGUAUCCGGCACCACAAGCUCUUCAUCGUCUUCUGAGGAAGCUGUGCCUCAUCGGCAAGAAACACCACCCGCCAUCCCGAUGUUGGACGAUGGCCCCCCGACCCCAUCUACCUCACGAUCAUCUCCAGCUACGGUAAUUUUGGACGGACCGUCGGCUCAUCUACAGCAACAGGAACCGGCUGAAUUAUCCUCUCCGGAAGGCUCCUUCGACCCGGACAUCGAUAAAAUAAUGCCGAUACCUCCGAGACGAACAAGCACCAACGAGCCCCAGCCAAUUAUACGAUCUCCUUCAACUUCUAUAGAAUCGGUGAAAGGCGACAGCGUGCUGAAGCCAAGCCCGCCAAGCUCCACCUUCGGACAAAGCCCUCCGGAAACUCAUGAAGCCACCCCGAGGCCGGCAGCAGAGACGCCGAGCGCCUCGAGUAGGAGCAGUCUUGAAACCGACCAGCCCGGGCGAGUCGAUGAAAUCCGGGAGAUGCUUGGCAAUUUUCCCCCGAUCGCGAAGCCGAGGCUAUCUAGGCCAUUGAUACCACCCGAGGAGGAGCCGAUUCGCGAUACGAGGUUGAAAUUUACGGACCCGCUGCACAACUCGAUCCCUGCCUCCGAUACCUCGGAUCUCGGCUCCACCCCACGAAAGCCAGGAAUAGAACUUCGCGAAGCUGAUGGAAAAAGCAAUCUAGCCUAUCGAGAAAUACGCGAACCGAAAUGGCGCGAAGUUGUCGACCUGUGGCUAAAAGUACGCAUCGAUUCCCUGUACGUCCACGAGGAUUCCUUACUCCUUGGCAAGACCUACGAGGGUGUGAAUGUCUACGUCGACUGGUGCCUCCUCGAUUUACCGAUCGAUGAGUGUCGCGUCCCCAAUUCCGCUCCAAUCCCCAGAAAAUCUACCGAAGCAGCCAACUUUAAUUUUGAGAAAACGUAUUUCUUCGACAGCCGACGAUUCCAUCUUCUGAGUCAAUGGCUACGACUUGGAAAUCGGCUUGAAUUUAAUCUGAAUACAGACCAGGGGGAAAACAGUGAUGAGAUUGCGGUCGCAUCCGUGGAACCAUCACCAUUCAGCCGACAGGAUCGAUUAACGUUAGCUCUGUACGACGUCAACGGCGAACACGUCGGUGAUCUGGACGUCGGCCUCGAAUACUCGGAUAAUCUCAUCGAGGAAUUGCGCAAAGCCGACCCCGGAACCCCAAAUAGCGACGAG